CUCCACGCACAUCGACCAUUCCUCCAUCAGAUCAACUUGCAUUCGGGCUAGAAAUCCAUCGUUAUGAUUCGAUCCGAGCGACCAAUAUCUGCUCCCUCACCUACUGGGGGCUGCGGGGCCGCAAUCAAGUGCUCGCAGUCCACUAGGGCUUCGCAGCCAUGUUUCCAUCAUGUCGUUGGUACCUCGACAGCUUCUCGAAUUGAUUGCUGCUAAUGCCACGCAUCGUUUCUUUGCUGCGCCUCUCUCCCAGAUCAGGUGGACCGGAAGAGCCUCUGGCUGUACUCCGUAAAGUCUGCGCAUUCACAGAGAUUUGGUUUCAGAUGUUCAUUUCGAACACGAGAUAUCGUCCCUCAGCAUCUGUUCUCCGAGCCCAGUACAUGCAAUCGCCGCCAUAUAUCGCUUUUCUCCUGAUCUAAUCACGGUAUCCGCUGAUCGCUGGCCCCUGUCCUAUCAGGGUCACUGCACGACGAGCCUGUCCGCGGCUACAUUGGCGCCUUUGGAGUUAUUGAAUGACGGCCGCUUGCACAAAAAGAACACAUUCUGCUGCUAUCCAUCGGUGGUCGCACGGCGGAGGACCAGUCAAGAUCGCAAUAUCCGACCGUCUGGGUAUUUUGGUGUUCCUUGCUUGGGACCAUGUCAUACGAGGAAGAGGCAUAGCGAAAGAGGUACACCUAUGGACAUCGACUUGUUCCGCACAAUUUAUACAGCGCUGAUACCCGGACAGUCGCAUAACAACCAUCCUCACCGGCUAUGUCUGCAAGCGUAGGCAUUUCACGGCAACGAUCGGUGUCGAACAAGACGAAAGGAGCCGCAGUUCCCUCAAGUUCGAAAGUGAGACCUACUCUCGAUGAAGGGUCAUUCGAGCCAUGUGCUUCAACCGCAUCUCUUUUCCUGUUCACCCAAGGUUCGGUCGUGCUGUGUCUACACCACGACACCCUAGCCAUUGAAAGACGUUUCGAAAAGCAUUCAAAGGACAUCCAAUUCAUCUCUGCUGACAAUGUCAGCGAGACCGGAGCUGGCAGGUUGGUCGUCACUUACGAUGUGGGACAGACUGCCAUAGUAUGGGACCUCUUUACAGGCGAGCAAUACUCUCGAUUCGUGUCAUACGAACCCUUAACGGUUGCCCAUUGGAUGAGGAACGGCAAUAUUGCAUUCGGUAAUGUCAAAGGCGAAGUGAUAUUGUUCGAACCUGCGACUAGUGAUCACAUCUCGGCCCGUACCAUCUUCGAUCCCAUCACGGCAAUAGCUCCGUCAGCAGACUGCAAGACAUAUGCCAUUGGGUACAACAAUGGUUCCAUUCUAUUGGCAGCUCUACAGCCAACUUUCACAAUGAUUCACACGUUGACUACAUCUCGCGGUCCUUCGCCGAUUACUACUCUCACGUGGCAUGCUUCAUCUUCGAAACAAAAAUCUGACAUGCUCGCUACCCAGACAGCAGAUGGAGACCUCCGAGUAUGGAGUGUCUCUAAGCCGCCAACCACCGAACCUCCACGAGUCAUUCGUGUCCUGAAGCGCUCCGACAUGUACAUUCCUGGUCGGAACUGGAUCUCCUGGUCUAAGAACGGCCGUAUUGUUCAAUACUCCGAGGGCAAAACCUGGGCCUGGGACGUCCGCACUAAGCACGUAACCUACGAUCCCAUUCCAACCAUAGACGGAGUCAAGGCCAUUGCUUGCCAUGGUCCAACGGGUACACUCUUCACGCUUGGUCCAGACUAUACAGUACAGCAAUACGACCUCGAAAGAGCUCAGAUGGUGGCAAACGUACGACAUAUGCCCACCACUAUUCCGCCGACUCCCCCAGAAGAUAGGCGAGGGCCCUUGUGGACGACAUCAGAGAGUGAAGAAGAGCCCGCUUCUCCUCUUGUCCGUGCCCGACGAGAGCUACGUGCCUCUGACGCAGCCAGACAGGAGCGUAACAACAUACCAAGCCCCGAAUCUACGAUAAGCUCUCAAAAGUCUGGUGUGAAGCCGAAUAUCAACGAGAUCAUCUCUCCGGCCGGUAGAACCGACUACACGACGACGUCGUUCGACACCGGUGUCCAAUCACAAUCAACACUUAAUCAGAUCGCAGCUCAAGCAUACCAGCCGCAAUCUCCCGUUGCUGCUAGGUCGAACAAAAAGGGUUCCCGUUUGAAGCAAGAAGUCCUCAUGAGCCCUGAAGAACGACCACUAGUGGAUCUCUUCCCCUUCACCAGAGCCCGCCUGCACGACGUUCCAUAUCGACCGCCAAGGUCAGCCGAAGACAGUCACUUGACGUCCGGCGACCUACGAAGACAGAUGCUGAGUGUCGUGUUUGGGUGGGACGAAGACAUACAUGACCUCAUUCGUGAUGAGCUGAGUCGACAUCCAAGCGAGAGCCAGAAUGCCAUCUUUCUAGCUAGAUGGCUGGAUGAGGAUCCUGAUUAUCUUGCGGAGAUCAUGGGCUCGACGGGUAUCGUUUCAAAACUUGACUGGAUGUUACUGGCUUUGGGCACAAUAUCCAACCAAGUCAGCGCAAAGAAGAUAACUCAAGUCUUCAUCGAAAAGAUGCUGAGCCAAGGAGACAUCCAUGCCGCGGCUACGCUCAUGCUCGCUCUUGGUGACAGAAGUGAUGCCAUUGAGGUAUAUGUCUCCAGGAACCAGUACAUGGAGGCUGUUCUGUUGACCAGCCUGGUUUACCCGGAAGACUGGCAAAGACAAUCAUACCUUGUCCGCCGGUGGGGUGAGCAUGUGGUAGAGAACUCUCAGCAAUCGCUUGCUAUCCGCUGCUUCUCGUGUACCGGUGUCGAGCCGUCCGAUCCUUGGACUUCCCCUAAGGCUCAAAUCCUGGCACAAAUACCGGCACCAAUACCGGCAGAGGUUGUCGCUGAACCCAUGCCUGCGGCUCAAGCAUCUCAAGUGCAGACCUUGGAACCAAUGGAGUAUCCAGCAAUAUUUCAGAGGACCUUGGAGAGGCGUCGCACGCUCGAUGCUCCGACUCCAGUCGCAAUGCCUCCACCACAUAUUAUGUCCUCCAUGCCUACUCCACCCACUCCUUACAGGACAGCUGCUGCUCAGGGGACAAGGAUCACUCCGCAGACGUCAGCCCUGAAGCUUGUCACCUCGUUCGGAGCGCAACCCAACAACCAAUUCAAGUUCCCAGGUCUCAAGCCUGAUGACCGCACCCCAACUGUCGGUGCGGCUGUCACUCCUAUUGCUGAAUCAGCGAUAGACAGGUCUGCCCUGUCACCUGGAGGCCUAGGGUCCUAUCGUUUGAACAAUAUACGCAGCAUCAACAGCGCUCUUUCUGCGAAAACUCCAACUCCUGGUAGUUUUCAGCCGAGCAGACUAGCAUCUAUAGGUGAGACGCCUGUUGAUGUUGAGGCGCCUCAAUUCCCACCUCAACGGUCUGUGUCGGUCCCUGCAGAACUCACGGCAAACAAUGGCAGCGAAGAUCGUCAGGCUGCGUCGUCUACAAACGACCAACACCUGAAAGGUAAACAGUCGCUAAGCGUACUCACCUCAGCACGUUACGAGCCUCUGGCCACACCAGUCAAGGAGACACCUCAAACUGCCGUUGGUCCACAAACCGUCAUGAGAUUUCCAGCUUCGAGUUCCCGGCUCCACAGCACCGAUGAUCUCGAAUCUGCUGCGUUGCGUUCAAGGACCGAUUCAAAGAGUCGAAAGCCGGAAGGUCUCUCUAUUCAAACCAUGCCUGUUCAGCAAGUGAAACCAACUCCGGAGUACCUGCCCCCAACUAGUUAUCAGGACCCGAUCAGUCGGCCUGCAACGACCGGGACAUAUUCCAAUACCCAGUUUGACACGACGGCAGAUCUAACAAGCCCACCAACGACAGGACAAAGCUAUAGAGAUCAGACAAAGAGUCCCGUCGUCACUGGUAAAAGCACCGAUCAAUUCAUCAGCAGCCUCGAUCAAGCGCAUUACUUUGAAAAGCAUGCGCGAGCACGUGGGUACAGUAGUGCUAGCAAGCAAUCAAAGGAUGAUCAGUCAGAGAGACGAAGGGGAAGAACCAGCAACGUGGACGACGGGGGCGAAAGAGAGACUCGACGUACUAUACCAGCUGCUAAGCGUUCGCCCUCCUCACCGGUACCCAUGUCCCCAGAGGAUCUACGGAUGUACAGCACCAGCGUGGAAAGCUUCGACUCGAUGUAUGGCUCCAACAUGUCUGGUUUUGACCGGGUAGGGACACCUGGCAGCAUGUCAAAGCUCAGCCGACGUGGCUCUCAAUCUACCGCAAAGGGCACAAAGCAACACCACAGAUCUCGAUCGAAAACGCACAGGAACAGAAGCAAAGGGGCCAGUCGUGUCCCCAGCAGGCAGCCUAGUCCAGAUCCCACCCUUUUCUCUCCAAGAGGUCGAAGUUCGUCGCGGAGAGAAAAUCUUGGACAUCGAUCUCCGUCGUCACCAAGACCUAUGGUUCCCUCGGAAGAAGACCUCCAGAGCCGCUUUGAUAAAGAUUCUUCCCUACGGCUUGUAUCAAGAGAUAGGCACCGACUACACCGAAGUACUAGCCGUCAACCCAAAGACGAUAACAGCGCCAAACGGGACCCUUCACCUGACCGUCGGCGCCAAAGACCUAGAUCUCGAAGUCGCCAAGCGGAAGAGGCGUCGCUGAGCAGGAAAACCAGUCGCAGCGAGAAACACCGACGCCGUCGUCGGCCCAGCGACUCUGUUUACGAGCAGAGUGCCCAUCCCGACGAUCCUGAAGACACCUUUCCAGCGCUCCGUGCCCCUUUGGGCGAUCCCAGACCCGCCAGUCAGCCACAGGUCUCGGAUGAUCGAGGCAGAAAAGAGUCCGCAGCCGAGCAGCUAGAAGCUCGAAGACAAUCACUCACCCGCCGGCCGACUGUGCCUCCCAUUCCGCUUCCUUCCCACAUCAAUUCCCACACGAAAUCAGCUUCGACAGGCAACGUGCCGCCACUGUUACGUGCCUACACUGACGACGGACCUAUCAUGAGUGCCAGAACACCUGCGCGUGGCAUAGAGAAAGACACCACGAGUGUGGUCGACUUCAACAAAGAGCGUCCGAAUACUCCAAGAGCAAUGCAAGUCAUCGAGAAGUUCCCCAAAGACGAAAUUCCUGCCCCUCCCACCGGCGCAGAAGUCCUGUCAAGCGACGUCUACCGACCCUCAACUCGUGGCGAGGAUGUAAGCACAGCCGGCUCCGCACGGGCUCCUGUACCGUUGGAGUUCCUUGUCCAAAUCCCCAAACAUCCUGCAUACGACCAUCGCAUCGCAGGUAGUCGAUCGAGCAGUAAAGGAGCGGAAGGGCGAGCAUCGUCCCGAAGCCGCGGCACAUCCCGGGAUCGUAUACGUACCUCCCCAAGGGAGCAACAACUCCCGACCAUGCCUUCCCCUCCGACAGAGUCAUCGGCAUCUGCCUAUAUAGGCUCACCGCCGCAGCAACACCCGCCUGUCUUGCCGGAGUUGCAACAUCUUAUGGCGCCACCACCGCCUCCUCCACCUCCGCCCCCACCGAAGCCCAUGGCCAUGGGCCUGGCUAGUCCGGGUUUUGAUGCAGCGAAUGUACCACUUCCAAUGUCCGCGAUUCCUACGUCCUUCUCGGAGGCGCAACUAUCCGCGGCGUUGCCUUCGGCCGGGGGUCAUCGGCGCGGACGGUCAGGGAAUGACAGCAGUGGUGGCGGUGGUGCGAAUGGAUCAGGUGCUCUGUUGGGCAAAUUCAGGAACUUUGCGGGCCGGGUGAGAAGUCCGUCGAGGGGCCGAAAGGGUGAGGAUAAUCAGAUGAUGAGCCCGAGGAUGAAUAAAGGCGAUUACGUUGCGCCCUAUGAGAGCAUUCCAAGCGCUAUAACAGGGAGUGUUAACUCAUAGCCCACAGCACGGUAGAUGCUUGCGGCUCUUCAAGAAAGGGGUGCAAUAGCUCCGCCAUGCUGCGAAACUCGUAUGAACAGACAGGGAAGGAGGAGGACAGGAGAGAGAAAUGAGUAUGACAACGCCAUUCAUUGCAACUGUUAUUGUCGGAUUGGAUUGAAUGUUCAAUGUUACAGGACAUGGAAGGAAUCAGGGAACCUACAAAAGCGCAAAGAGGGGGUCAAGAAUGGCUCCGAACCAUGCUCGCGAGAGCUGCUUGUCACAGCGUGUAUGCUUUUCAAUUCUUGACGGUCCUUCUGUGAGCACUAUAGGUAGUCCUUUGGUAUGAUGGAAGGGAACCGAUGGUAGUAAUGGGAAUGAGGAUUGGGAAUGAGAAUGAAUGGUCAUCAAAUGGCCUAUGACUACGGUUAU